UGGUGGCUGAUGCGGGCCCGGGCUAAGCUCUCUCUCUCGGGGGGUAAAUGUGAAGCUUUCACGGCCCCGUCACGCCGUCUGACACCGGCUCCCCUCCCGAACAGCGAUGCGAGAGAAGAAAGAUAACCACCACGAAGACAUGGACGUGGACUACCCCGAGCAGGACGGCAGCAGCUCGGACGACGAGGACACGGUCAGCUCGUCCGUGUCUGAAGAUGGAGACAGCUCAGAGAUGGAUGAUGAAGACUGCGAGAGGAGGAGGAUGGAGUGUCUGGAUGAGAUGACCACGCUGGAGAAGCAGUUCACGGACCUGAAGGAGCAGUUGUAUAAGGAGCGUCUGAGCCAGGUGGAGAUCAAGCUGCAGGAGGUGAUGAGCGGCUGUGCCCAGGAGUACCUGGAGCCGCUGGCCAACCUGCAGGAGAACAUGCAGAUCAGGACCAAAGUGGCCGGGAUCUACAGGGAGUUGUGUCUGGAGUCGGUGAAGAACAAAUAUGAGUGUGAAAUCCAAGCUGCUUGUCAACACUGGGAGAGUGAGAAGUUGCUGCUAUUCGACACUGUGCAGAGUGAGCUGGAGGAGAAGAUUAGGAGACUGGAGGAGGACAGACACAGCAUUGACAUUACCUCAGAACUGUGGAACGAUGGACUGCACGCGCGGAAAAACAAGAAAAAAGACCCGUUCUGUCCCGUCAAGAAGAAGAAGCCUGUGGUCGUGUCUGGGCCUUAUAUCGUUUACAUGCUGCAGGACUUGGACAUCCUUGAAGACUGGACUGCAAUCAGAAAGGCGAUGGCAUCUCUGGCGCCGCACCGGGUGAAGGUGGACGUUCCUGCCGUGAAGCCAGACAGGCAUCACCACGUGGCGCGCUCCGAGGACGGCCGGCUCUUCUACGACAACCAGUGGUACUGCAGGGGGCAGGCCAUCUGCAUCAACAGGAAGGACGAGUUCCCCAGCAGCGCCGUGAUCACCACCAUCAACAACGACGAGGUGUGGUUCAAGCGGCUGGACGGCACCAAGUCCAAGCUGUACAUCUCCCAGCUGCAAAAAGGCAAAUACACCAUCAAACACUCCUAGAAAGCAAGACAACACUAGCACACGCCCGUAUACUGUACAUCCGUGUUUCUUCCCCUCUCUUUUCUUGUGUUUGUUUUUUUUUCCACGUGGUAUUACUUAACGAACGCAGAGACGGACCCUUCCUGUGCGAGGAGACCUCUGUACGUGUUUGUUCAUAUUAUCGACGAGCUCACGAAGUGUCGACUCCUCUGGGACGGAGAUUAUUGUAAAGUGCUGCUAAAAAGAAGGGAGUGAGGGUGAAAGAAACCGGAGCAGAGGAAGCUGUGAAGCGCAGAGCUCGGUCGCGUGCCUUUCUGAAGCCGGGGCGACGCCUCGGCCGACACGGCGGGACGGACGUCCCGGACUCUCAACGCAGACGAGGACGCUGCACGUGUUACACUUGAACUUCAUGCUGAUACCUCUUAAAACCCACAGGGACCCCGGAACCAUUCAGAGAAGGACGAAUGCGAGUAAUCAAUUUUGAGUUUGUGAUGACUUUGUUAGAAUAAUGAGAUUAAACUUUUCUUCAAGGGGGUUUUUCGUGGAGAUCCACUCUGGAAGUAUCGCGCUAAAUGAUCUCUCGGUGAUUAAACGCUGGCUUCUGAUUCGACGGGAGGCGGACGAGCCGUUUCGCAGCUUUGGAGAGCGAGACCACCUGAGAUCAGGUCCAGUUCAGAAUCAAUACCUAGAUGGGUAAAACUUUUUAGAUGGUAAUGAAUAUGUAAAACAGUCUGCAAUUUGUGUCUAAAAGCCAAUUUCCCUGUUUUUUUUAAAUUUUAUUUAUUUUAUUUAUUUCUAUCUGCUCGGCCACUUUAGACGAGGUGUCAAUCAAACACCACGAUACUUAAACUACUCAAAACCUGGAUUCAAUUGUUUCUGGAUUGUGACAAAUUUCUUUGUCAGUUCUUGAAUGGUAUGCUUUUAUUUGUGAAAUUGCCAAAAAAAACAGACAUUUUAGCUUGAAUCCACACCAACCUUUUAACUGAAGAGAUCUAACUACAGAACAAACACAGCGAAUCGCCUUUUCUUUGCAUUUUCACAAACUGUGUCAUGUAGUCUGUACAGUCUUACAGGUUAUUUGGCCUUCAGCGUUCUGGUUCUUGAACUGGACCGGGUCUAAAGUCGCCUCGACGCUCUCAAAAGCAGCUCAACGGCCUACGCUAAAUCUGAAAUGUCAAAUCCGAAGCCGACUCAGCGUCGUAGGUUUUUCCAGCGCUUCACAUUUACGUUGAAACCAACUCUCGCUGCCGAACAAACAAUGGGAGAUCCUGUAUCUAGACUUUUGUUUUGUUUGUCAUGUUGCCAUAUGUGUGAUUGUGCCUGAAAUGAGCGAUUUUUAUCCAAACCCCCCCCGUAUUUUAGUGGAGAGUUGGACUUUAAAGCCACUCGGGGUAGCGAUGUCACUCCUUACCACACGGGGGCAGCAGACAACAGCGUAGAACGUAUAAAAGGACCAUCCUCAGUCAUUAACAUGGUAUAAUCAAAUCUACCCCCCCCAAAUCCCCCCGUAUGGUCAGACAUGAUGUCGUUACCAACAGUGGCUUUACAAAAGGUUUGUAAAGCAGUUUUCUAAUUCUUUUUUUAAAAGAUGAACUCAGAGGAAGCCUCAAAUCUGUAAAGUGUAGUGCCAGUUCUCUCUUUUUCUUUGUUUUUUUUGUUUUUUUUACUUUUUCAUCUCAGUUGCUUUACUUUAUGUGGUUCUUUUGCCAACAUUAAAACUUUUUGUCAACGCUGAUGUAUUGACCAUAAAAAGGGCAGAUUCAGUUUUCUGUGUUAAAUCUCUCCACUCAUCCUCUCUGUGUGUGUAAAUUACGACUGGGACUGAUCUUGCUUUGCGUUGUAUUAAAGGAGCCUUUUAUUUCUAGCGUUGUGCACGUACUUACCUGCCAACCGUGUUGUGGAAGUGUGUUUCCAGCGUAUAUCAUGGGGGAAAACCUGACAUUGAAGCCUUACGUGAUGUUAUUUGAGGAAAGCUGUUGAAAAGUCCUGUCAUUUUUACUUUUUUCUGUUUUUUAAUCUUUAUAUGCAUUAUGCUUACUUUUACACAUAAGUGAAAAUAAAAACCUUGACAUUAUGCCAAAUGAUGUGCAAGUG